UGCUGUAUAGAGGAGCAGUGGACUGCUGUGUUGAGGAGGCAGUGGGCUGCUGUACAGAGGAGGCAGGAUUAUCACAAUGGAGUGGGGGAAGGGACACACACCCAGGCAGGAGUCCCAAGUGCCUUCUGCUGCCCUUACUCUACCUCCCCCAGCUGGUGGAGGGAAGAAAGCAUCCCUUUGAGGGUGGAGAGGAAUUGGCUACCAGCUACCUAUGGAACAUGCCAGAUCACACCUGGACCCCUGGUCGUAGCCAGUAUCCCCAUGGCUCCCCACCUCCACCUCUCUCUUUCUUGGCAGAGUCUCCUCUAUGAGCUCUAGCUCUGCUGGCCUCAGAGUCUGGACGCCCUCCCUCAGGGCCUGUAGCAUUGUCUGGCUUACCUGGGAGGUGCAGGCCGGGUAGAAGGAGCAGGGUGCUGCCUGCUUUCCCAAGGUCCAGCCACCAACCAGCCCCACGAUGGGGCCUGCCGCAUGGCGCCCAGUGGCAAUAUGAAGGCGGACAGGCAGGAAACUCAAGCUGAGGGAGCAUCAAUCAUUCAUGGGUCUGCUCUCUGGGAAACCCUAACCGUGGCCCCAUAGGGCUAAGUCACCAGCCAGGGCCCCCCAUCCCAACAAGGUUAGAUAAUGGAGACCCUUUGCAGGAGCUCCUAAGGCCCAGGGCAUUCUGUGUCAUCUCCACCCCUCUGUCAGCAUCCAAGGCCUCUUUUCUAAAGUUCCAUAUUCCCUCUGCCCCAACUAGGAUGUCACUCCAUGGGGGACCCAAGGUGACAACUCUCAGCCUUUUCCAGUAUUGCUCCUCCUGCCAAAGGGGCCUUUGCUACACUAAGUUCAGCCAUGUCACACUCUGGGAUGAGUGCGUAGCUCUGCAGCAGUGUGCCCCCAUUUCACAGAUGGGUAAACUGAGAGUUGGAAGGAUGAAUUGGCUGCUUCUACUAGAUAAGUGGCUGAGCUUAAUUAAGUAUGAGCUCACUGCAGCUGCUGUGUCCUGGCACCCUCACUCCUGAGAACAGUUUUCAAGACCCAUCUGGUGCUGCCAGGCCACCCUGGGGCAGAGGGCAGGGAUUAGGCUGGCUGCCUGACUCGUUUACCCUAAUCCCCCUCACUGUGGCUCCCAGGUGAUCAGCUCAAGCCUGGGGGGCUAUAAGCAGCUUUCUGGGUCCUGAGAACCAAGGGCACUCCAGGGAGCUGCAUCUCUGAGUCCUGUUAUCCUCUACAUGGCAACAGAGCAUGGCUCACAGCAGGUUCCUGACCCCCAGAAGACCCCCGAAGGAGUUGCAUCUCCUGGGAGUGCUGCUGAGGGCUUCACCUUGACCAGAAGAAGGAGCAAGAAGGAGAGGCAGCUGCCAGGGUCUCAGAAGGCCAGUUCUGGAAAGCAGUCCUCUGGCCAGGGCUCUGAAGCCUCAGGAAGCAGCAAGAACCCCCCAAAGACUAGAGCGGGGCAGGAUGAGCCAUCCUCAGCACCGCCUGGGCAAGCCUCUCACCGACAGUCCCACCGACAUCGUCCUGACCCCCAGCAGGACGCUGCCCAAAGGACUUAUGGGCCCCUGCUCAACCGCAUCUUUGGAAAGGAUCGUGAACUGGGCCCUGAGGAGUUGGAGGAGCUUCAGGCCGCCUUUGAGGAGUUUGACACUGACCAGGAUGGCUACAUCGGCUACCGGGAGCUGGGUGACUGCAUGCGGACGCUGGGCUACAUGCCCACGGAGAUGGAGCUCCUUGAAGUGUCACAGCACGUGAAGAUGCGCAUGGGUGGCUUUGUGGAUUUUGAAGAGUUUGUGGAGCUGAUAAGCCCAAAGCUGAGGGAGGAGACAGCUCACAUGUUGGGUGUACGAGAGCUCCGCAUCGCCUUCCGAGAGUUUGACAAGGACAGGGAUGGACGGAUCACAGUGGCAGAGCUGCGGCAGGCAGCACCCGCUCUGCUGGGGGAGCCGCUGGAGGGCACUGAGCUGGAUGAGAUGUUGCGGGAGAUGGACCUCAAUGGGGAUGGCACCAUAGACUUCGAUGAAUUUGUAAUGAUGCUGUCUACUGGCUGAGGCGCCUGCAGGGACAACCUACUGCCCCUGAGGCCCAGAUACCGGCAGGAUCCAGACGACCACACCCUUCCCCAGGAUGGAGAGAUCCUCCCCAACUGUAGAAUGCCUCUACCGUGGCCACACCCGACCGACUCCAGGGUCUGCCUUGCUGUCUUUUUCUCCCACUCCCAAGCCGUAGAGGGAAAAGUCGCAGCUGGUUGCAGUUCCCAGUGGAGAACAAGAUUCGAAUCUCUCCAGAUCCUGGAGCGAUAGGGAGUUCCCCAACAUUGGCUGCAUUCCAAGAAACCAGGAAACCAGGCAUAGUGCGCUGUGGGGGAACUCCUAGGACAUGGUAGAUUGAGAGGGUGACCGGAUCAUUUCCCGAUACUUACGUGUAUAAAGUGCUGCUUUGAAAAGUGAACUUGGACCAGGUAAAAUGGCUCAGCAGAUAAAAGCUCUUGCCACCAAGCCUGAACUAGAUCCUUGAGGGCUGGGCGGUGGUGGUGCCUUCCUUUAAUCCUAGCAUUUGGGAGGCAGAGGCAGAGGCUGGUGGAUCUCCAUGAGUUCAAGUGCCAGCCUGGUCUACAAUAGUGAGUUCCAAGACAGCCAGAGCUACACAGAGAAACCUUGUUUCAAAAAACCAAAAUAAUAAAUAAAUAAAUAAAUAAAUAAAUAAAUAAAUAAAUAAAUAAAUAAAAUUCACAUGAUGGAAAGAGAGAACCAACUUCACAAAGUUGUUCUUUAGCAUGUGCAUGCUCUGUCAACCCCCCCCUACCGCCCUCUGUCAUGAAUGAAAAGUGAAUGUGAAUCUGGGUGUGGCAGGACAUGCUAGUAAUCCCAGUACUAGCAUGAUGGUCCAACAACGAAAGAACUGGGAAGGAGGGGCUGCUCUGAGGUCUCCAAAGCUUGGGGAGCUCAAUGUGGGGCCUGGGGGGAGCCGACACUGAGGGAUUGAGGCUUGCGGGCCUGGGCUCUCACACUCGGCAGCGACGGACACCCAUUUGAGUGGACUUCACUUAAGGUUAGCCUGGAGGGUAACAGACACAGAGUAUACCAUUCAAAAAUCCAACAGAGGAGGCAAGGAGGAAAAUGAAGAAUUUUGAUUUACACUAGAAGUCUGGGGAAAAGCUUUUUUUUUUUCUUUUCUUCGUUGAGACAGGGUAGCCUGGCUGGCCUGGAACUCACAGAGACCCUCUUUGCCUCUGUCCUGCUCCCGAAUGCUGGGAGUAAAGGCAUGCACCAGCCACCCACAGCCACUGAGAAAAUAUUUAUGCCUCCUAUCAGCGUGCUUCACGAUAAAGAAACACUGUUUAUGGUGUCUAGAGUUUAGGUCUCCGGCGUUCUUUGAGAAGCGUCGUGGCCAGCGCCAUCUGGGUUAGAGCGGUUAACCAAUAAAAGGAAGCUCUGGGUUGGAGUGUGACUUAAUGGCACAGUGCUUGCCAAGCACUGGCAAGGUCCUGGGCUUGAGUGCAUCACUAAAAAAGGCAAGAGUGAAAAGGAAGGCCCGGUGAGACGGCUCGGGAGGUGACGCUGCCAAGUCUGAAGACGGAGUUCAGGCCCUGGGAUCCGCAUGCGGAAGGAGAGAACCUUCUCAGUUCUUCUGACCUGUACACACGGCAUAGUGCAUAUGAACCUCUACUCCCAAAUAAGUAGUGCAAUUAUAACAAAAGAAGAAAGCUCAUUGGUUACAAUACAAUUUUAAGCGAUGCAUACUGGGUCAAAGAAUGGAAUCGCAAUUGAGUCUACUCACUUAACAAUUUUUUUUUUUUAAGCCAUGGUGGUACAUAUCUUUAAUUCCAGCCCUGGGGAGACAGAGGCAGGUAGAUCUCUGUGAAUUCAAGGCCAACCUGGUCUAGGUAGCGAGCUCCAGGCCAGUCAGGGUACACAGAGAAACUGUCUUUAAAAAAACCAUUAUUAUUGUUUGUGAGUACAAGUGAGUGCCUGCCAGGGUGAACAUAUGGAGGACAAUUCUGAGGGUCAGUCUGUCUUUCAGCAGUAGAUCUGGGGACUGGAUGCAAGCUGUUAGGAAUGUGUAAUAGUGCUUUUACCCAAUGAGCUGUCUUGCCAGCCUCAGUGAACAGUUUUGAAAUUUUCCUUUGUUUUCUUUGUUCUCAUUGUGAUUAUUGGACUAUAACUGUGUGAGUGUGCUGAUAAUACAAACUGUGGGCUUGGAUUUUGUCUUUCUCACUUUGCUAGUUAAAAAACAAAUCAGGUUGGAGA